AUGAAUGCGUUUAAUUAUUUACCUACAGCUUACGAAAAUAUUACAUCAAAUCUACCUAGUUUAUUUGGAUCAAUACGUUCUAUUUAUCAUUCAUUGAAAUGUAUAUUUGAUGAUGAUCAAGCUGUUGGUAAAGCUAAUGGUGAAGAUCUUUUUAAACAGUUGGAAUAUAUAUCGCAAUUACAUAGUGGGCUUAAAUGCAAUCAAGACGUUAUUGAAAAUAAAGGCGAUGAUUUUAUGGACAUAGAUAUCAGCGAUUCGGACGAAGAUGAAUUCAUUAAUUUAAGCUUGGAAACUAUAAUAUCACAAUACUACCAUACAGAAUCCCUUAUCGAUGGAUUAUCGAGAGAUCUAGAAAGAACUGAAAGGUGA